AUGAAUUCUUCUGGCGUAGAACAAGGUGUUGUGGUCUCGGAGUCCGAACCACCGAGGGGGAAUAGAAGCCGAUUUGCUUUUGCUUGUGCAAUCUUAGCCUCCAUGACUUCUAUCAUCCUUGGCUACGAUAUUGGAGUGAUGAGUGGAGCUGCAAUUUUCAUUAAAGAUGAUUUGAAACUCUCGGAUGUACAGUUUGAGAUUCUUAUGGGUAUUCUAAACAUCUACUCUCUGAUCGGCUCAGGCAUGGCUGGUAGAACUUCCGAUUGGAUCGGAAGACGAUACACCAUAGUGUUGGCAGGAGCCUUCUUCUUCUGUGGCGCCUUGCUCAUGGGUUUUGCCACAAACUAUCCUUUCAUUAUGGUUGGCCGUUUUGUAGCUGGUAUAGGUGUUGGUUAUGCUAUGAUGAUUGCACCGGUUUACACUGCUGAAGUCGCUCCUGCCUCUUCUCGUGGCUUCCUCAGCUCUUUCCCUGAGAUAUUUAUCAACAUUGGUAUACUUUUGGGAUACGUAUCGAAUUACUUCUUCUCCAAGCUUCCUGAGCAUCUUGGUUGGAGGUUCAUGUUAGGUAUAGGAGCGGUUCCCUCGGUGUUCCUAGCCAUUGGAGUGUUGGCAAUGCCAGAGUCUCCACGGUGGCUUGUCCUCCAAGGUCGUCUCGGGGAUGCUUUUAAAGUCCUCGACAAAACCUCAAACACAAAAGAAGAAGCCAUCUCCAGGCUUGAUGACAUCAAACGCGCUGCUGGAAUCCCCGAAGACAUGACAGAGGAUGUUAUAGUUGUUCCGAACAAGAAGAGUGUCGGAAAAGGCGUGUGGAAGGACCUUCUCGUCCGACCAACCCCUUCUGUCCGACACAUCCUAAUAGCAUGCCUUGGCAUCCAUUUCUCUCAGCAAGCCUCCGGGAUUGAUGCGGUCGUUCUUUACUCUCCGACCAUCUUCUCAAAGGCUGGACUGAAAUCCAAGAAUGAUCAGCUCUUGGCUACGGUCGCUGUGGGAGUUGUCAAAACGUUAUUUAUCAUUGUAGGGACUUGUGUGGUCGACAGGUUUGGACGUCGUGCCUUGUUGCUCACGAGUAUGGGAGGAAUGUUUCUUUCCUUGACAGCACUUGGGACUAGUCUCACAGUGAUCGAUAGAAACCCGGGACAGACGCUCAAGUGGGCCAUUGGGCUUAGCGUUACGACGGUGAUGAUGUUUGUAGCAACAUUCUCAAUAGGUGCAGGUCCAGUGACAUGGGUCUACUGCUCAGAGAUAUUCCCUGUGAGACUAAGAGCUCAAGGGGCAAGUUUGGGAGUGAUGUUGAAUAGAUUGAUGAGUGGUAUUAUCGGAAUGACAUUCUUAUCUCUUUCUAAAGGUCUAACCAUCGGUGGUGCGUUCCUUCUCUUCGCGGGAGUUGCGGCUGCGGCAUGGAUCUUCUUCUUCACUUUCCUUCCGGAGACACGUGGUAUGCCUUUGGAAGAGAUGGAGAGUCUUUUCGGGAGCUACACUGCAAACAAGAAGAAGAAUGUUACGAGCAAAGGCAAAGAAGUUGUUGAUGAACAAUGA